AUGUUGCAUGUCCGGGGAAACGUCGCCAUCACGGACGACCAGGCAAAAAUACUCCAAAUUGUCGGGCGGGCUGCCUCUGCGCUCUCGGCUCUGGGCGUCGUGACGAUUAUCACGGUGUUUUGUGUCGAGCCGCAUUUUCGAAACCCCAUGCAUCGCCUCAUCUUCAUCAACGCCUUUUACAAUGCCUUUGAUGUCGCCUGCACCAUGAUUUCCGUGAGCGGCCCCGCGGCCGGGAACGCCUCAGCGUUGUGCAAAUUCCAGGCCUUCAUCAACCAAAUGUUUCCACUGGCCGAUGUGCUUUGGACACUCGUCAUGGCGAUUGACGUCUUUCUGAUUGUGUUUCGUCGGUACGAUGGCGAGUCGUUAAAGAGGCUCGAGUGGAAAUACAUGGCGGUCAUUACCUCGGUUACGUUCAUCCCUGCUCUCGCCUUCCUCUUCGUAGAGACGGAGGAGAAAGGCCCUGUUUAUGGCAGCGUAGCUCUUGACGAUUCUCUUCUGUUCCAGGCUAACUGUUGCCUCUCCUUGUCAAGGUCCAUGAUUCUCAUUUCCAUGGUCAUCUAUGUUUUAGUCGGCAUCGAGAUUGUCAAGCGCAAGGGCGCUUUGCAGUCGUUCAACAGCGAUCCUGUUCCGUUGGAAGACAGCAUUGCGUCCACCGCAGACGCUCCGUAUAAGAACUCGGAGAGAAGGGCGACCGAAGAAAAUUUCCCAUCGCGGCAUGGGCACGCCUCUGUGUCACAUUCUGGAGAAGAAUCGCCCAUUCUCCCCCCCAAACCCCGGGUAGCAACCUCCCAUACUGUCGGCACACCUACUCGCCACUUGUCUAUAUCAUUUAGACAAUAUAUCCUCAUGCCAAUAUUCUUCUUUCUUGCGCUUUUGUCAGUCUGGGUGGCUCCUUCGACGAAUCGCGUUGGCGCAUUCGUCAACCCCGACUUUUUAUCCUAUCCGUUGCUGCUCAGUGUUUGUGCAACGGGAUCACUCCGUGGCUUCUGGAACGGAGUUAUUUUCAUCACCUUAGGCAUGAAGUCGCAGAGGAGACGAGGUGACUUGGAGAGACGAGCAACGUACCGGCAAUGA